GAAAUUCUGAAGGGAACGUUGGACGGCCUGGUGUGGGGAUGUAAUGUGUGCCGUUAAUUGAUCUAUGUUCUAUAACAUGUAAAAUGGAAACAUGAAAGGAAUAUUCUAAAAGCGACUCAUGUAAAUACCUUAAUCAGAAUAUUGUCUUAUUCAGAAUAAGGUCAAUAAUUAGAUUACUGCUGUCCAUGUAAAAAUAGUCUUUCUUUUUCUUUCUUUCAAUUGUGCUUUCUUUCUUUUGUGAUUUCUUUCAUUUGUUGUUUCUUCUCUUUCUUUCUUUCAUUCUUUCUCUUUUGUGCUUUUUUUGUGCUUUCUUUCUUUCGUGCUAUCUUUCUUUUGAGGUUUCCUCCUGUCCUCCUUUCAUGUCCUUCUUUCUUUCCUCCAGACCAGUGGAGACCGGCUGAGGGUACGAAGGCCAUUCCACACACUUUCACCACCGACCAGUUUUGCACUAAUUUAAUUUAGCAAAAUUUUUAAAUAAUUUGCUGCCCUGAAAAGGUUAUUUCUAUUCUAAAUAAAAUAAUAAGGUUUCGCUUCCUAUUUCUCAUUAGGAGGGAGCAAGCAUCUACAAGUCUUUGCUCACCGUGGGGAAGGUGAUUUCUUCACUCUCUGAGCAAGCUCAGGGCAGAAAGAAAAUCUUCAUUCCAUACAGGGAGUCGGUCCUGACAUGGUAAGAAGCACAUCUGAAUUUGUUAUUAAACCCAGUUUGGUUGUCGACCCACAAGCUACCAGCCUGGAAUUGUGUAGGCAAAUAGAUGCUUCUCAUGUGCUUCUCCUCUGCUGCUGUCAUAGGGCAGCUGAAAGCCUUUCUAGGAUAGAUGGCCUAGUUCAUAUAGAUGAGCUCAGAGAUGCUGGUGAUUGGGUUGGAUCAAUGCACUGAGAGUUCGUAGACCAUUGACUAAUAUUUUAAACUACAAAUUUGCCUCCUCAUCAAAUCUCAUUUUAUUAUGCAUUAAUAUUAAUCUGUGCUUACGUUUUCCCCCUCUUCUGUGGUGCCUGGACAUGGUUUUUCUAUCAUGCUGUCUCUUAUGCGCAGGUUACUGAAGGAAAGCUUGGGUGGAAAAUCAAAAACGGCCUUGUGUCCAGCCAUAAGCAACAUGGAUGAGAGCCUGAGCACUCUACACUAUGCUCAGCAGGCUCGCCUGAUCAUCAAUGUAGCCAAGGUCAACGAGGACACCAAUGCCAAGCUGAUCAGUACAUCCAAGAGCUGAAAGCAGAGGUGGAGAAGCUGCGGGCCGCCCAAAUGAGCUCGCAGGACAUCGAUCCAGAGAAGAUGAGACAAUUCCAGCAAGAAAUCUUCACCCUGAAGACACAACUCUCUCAGCAGGAACACGAAAUGGCUGAAGUGCACAGGUAAUGGCAAAGCACAUAUGUUCUUUUUAGUGACAUUAACCAUGUGCGAUGUUUCACACAUUGUUAUUGUCUUGUGUAGAACGUAGAAGGAGAAACUAGAGCACGAAGAAAACAUGAAGAGACCAAAGACCUCCAGGCUUGUGUUUGCUGUUUAUUCUAGUUACUAGCAUCUAACAAGAUCUUUAUUAGUCUAUAAUGCAGCAUGCUCACAUAUCCUCUUUUUCCCCUCCCUCUUGAUACAUCAGCGAGUAGGCAUCAGAUUUAAAGUGGAUAACCGACUCCCCAACCUUGUGAACCUGAAUGAGGGUCCUCAGCUGUCAGAGAUGCUCUUAUACAUGAUUAAGGAGGGGCAGACCAAGGUCGGUAAGCUCAAGUCUGAGUCAGCCCACGACAUCCAGCUCUCUGGGGCUCUUAUUGCUGAUGAACAUUGCCGAGGUGCAAUGUGAAAAGCGAGUGUCCUGCUGGAGCAAUGGAGAUGGCCAGAAGGACUUUGAGUUUGCCAAAGAUGAGCUACUUUCACCUCAAAGAGCUCAACUAGAGGCAGAGAUUGAAAACGCCCGACUGAAAGCCAAAAUGGAGAUGAUGCAGGGGAUCCAGGUGGCUAGAGAAAUCUCGCAGAAAGAGAAGUUUUGGUAUGAGAACCGGAUCAAAGUCCUGGAGAAAGAACUUGAGGAAGAGAAUGAAAGAAAAAGAGCAGAGGAGCUUGAGAGGCAGAAGUUUGUCAGCAAGAUGGAGGAACUGCAGACAGCGAAGUCUCUCCUGGAACAAGAAAUGAGCAUGCACAAGAAACGGAUACAAAUGGAGGCCCAGGUUGCCAGACAGGUACAUGGCUUCAUAGAGGGGUGUGACUGUAUACCUCUGUAACCAUGGUGAUGAUAAAGCCUGAAAUAGUUUAUAGAGGUCGAGCGCAAUUGCUCGAACUAUGGGUUAUUUGCAAAAAUCCACACCGAUGGUUUUUCCCUGGUUGCGUCUGUUGUGGGAGCGGCUGAGAAGAGUACGCUGUCAUUAUACAGUAUGAGAAAUAAAAACUAUCACUGGCCAAUUUUGUUGUGUUAUUUGAAAUGUUUUUUAUUUAUUUAUUUAUUUUUUUCAUUCAUUUUGGAUGUCUCUAUUUUUAUUUAUUAUUUGGAAUGUUGGUUCAGUUUGGAUCUCUUAUUUUCUUUAAUAUUUAUUAAUUUUUAAUAUAUAUAUUACUAUUUAUAUAUUUAUUUCAUUUAACAAAGUACAGUGCAUUUUCAUGGUACAGUCAGUACUGUUUAUUUUUGUAAUAAAGUUCAACAAUAUUUGACUUGUUUUACUUGUAUUAUCUUUUCAUUCAGUAUCAAUUUAAAAAACUAUCGGUUGAUUAAUCAAUUAUCAGCAGGUUGGUAUCGCCCAACUUAGUUAUCGUAUCGGUAAAAUCCACUAUCGGUCGACCUCAACUAGUUCAGUACCUUAACUAAAUGGUGCUACAGUUAUAUACAGCAGGUAAUGGCAUAAAUGUAAAAAGUUGUGAGCAAGGAGGGUGAUAUAACAAAAACUGUGAUAUUUGUUUUUCAUAAUUCAAUGUGAGUGUGUUACAGUUCAGUCACUGCUUUAUCCAAAAUUUUAAAUGAAGCUUGUGAGUGGUAAUGGCAUUAUGUUUCCUCAUGUUUAAAGUUUUACCUUUACCUACAGUCCAGGGUUAAUAAUGAUAUUCGACAUGCUAAAAUCCUGGAAGCGGAGAAGAGAAAAAUUGCAGAAGAUCUAGCUGAUAUUCAGAAGAAACUUGCCCUGAAGGUGAACCAGACACCCUAGACUGGUAGGUUUAAUGUCUCUUUAUAGCAUUAUAAAUUGGAUAAGUGCUUGAAAGGCUGCUGCUGGCUUGAAACAUGCUGCAGGUCAAAUUUGUAUUACAAAUUAAAAACAACACUGUCAACUUAUUGAAAUAUGAAAAGCCACAAACGUCAUUUUACUGAUGUUUGUGACACAGCUAUAUGCAUUUGUCCAACAGAGGAUCC